AUGUCGACUCUGUUAAACUCAGUCUUAUCCAUGUCGGCGAAUCCAUCACCGGAACCGCCGAGAAAACCCCUAGGAUUUGUUUCUUACAUCCCCACCGGUUUCCUCCACUUCUCCUCCGUCAAUAAAGGUGUAGCUAGGGUUUUAGCUUCGACCCAUAUAACGUUAUCCCCUAAAGACUCCGCCUUUACCAUCACCGGAUCCAGUUUAGUAAACGAAGGGCGUAAACCCAAUGUAGCUCAUUCUACUCAGCUUUUGUAUGAUCUUUGUAAAGCUAAUAGAUUGAAGAAAGCUAUUCGUGUGAUUGAGUUAAUGGUUUGCUCAGGGAUUAUACCUGAUGCAUCUGCUUAUACUUAUUUGGUUAAUCAGCUUUGUAAGAGAGGUAACGUUGGUUAUGCGAUGCAGCUUGUUGAGAAGAUGGAAGAUCAUGGUUAUCCUUCGAAUACGGUUACUUACAAUGCGUUGGUUCGAGGUCUUUGUAUGUUAGGUAGCUUAAACCAGAGUUUACAGUUUGUUGAGAGGUUGAUGCAGAAAGGUUUAGCUCCGAAUGCUUUCACUUAUUCGUUCUUGCUUGAAGCUGCGUAUAAAGAACGAGGAGCUGAUGAAGCUGUGAAGCUUUUAGAUGAGAUCAUUGCGAAAGGCGGUGAACCGAAUUUAAACAGAUGA